AUGACAUCUAAAUGCGAGUCUUCAGAUGUUCUGCAUCAAAACCUUUCUGCUGGAACCAUGAUGCUGGAGUCUAACGUCUCCAAACCUUUACAGGACAGCGCCGGCAAGAGUGGCAGCUGCGGAUCCGUGUCCGUGGUUUUUCCCAUAACUAUGAUGGUCACCGGAAUGGUCGGGAACUCCCUUGCGAUGCUGCUAGUUUAUAAUGCGUACAGAAGAAAGGAAAACAAAAGAAAGAAAUCCUUUCUACUUUGCAUCGGGUCGCUGGCGUUAGCUGACCUUUUCGGCCAACUGCUCACAAGUCCAAUAGUCAUUUCGGUCUACAGAGCAGGUCUGAAAUGGGACCGAGUUGACUCGUCGGGAACCUUGUGCGCCUUCUUUGGGGUGUGCAUGACCACUUUUGGGUUGUGUUCUCUCUUUCUAGCCAGUGCCAUGGCCAUUGAGAGGUCCUUAGCCAUCACAGCUCCUUACUGGUACUCAAAUUACAUGAAAACAACCGUGACCAAGCAGGUUCUGGUCAUUAUCUGGUGUCUGGUUUUGCUCUUUGCCUUAUUGCCUGUUGCUGGGGUUGGGAAAUACACUUUGCAGUGGCCAGGCACUUGGUGUUUCAUAAGUACUGGGGACAAGGACGUUACGGGAAAUACGUUUUUUGCCACGACUUUUGCAGUGUUGGGGAUAUUUUCUUUGCUUGUCACAUUGUCCUGUAAUGUUGUGACCAUCCGUGCAUUGGUUACACGUUGCAAAUCUAAGUCAAGCUCGACCCAGUCAUCCAAGCAAUGGGAGAGAUUAACCACAGAGACUGUUGUUCAGUUGAUGGGCAUUAUGUGUGUUUUGUUGACAUGUUGGUCACCUCUACUGGUCCUUAUGUUGAAAAUGAUCUCGACUCACACAUCCUCACAUUACUGCAAGUCUGCUGCUUUACCCUCCCCACCGAUGGACUGCAACUUCUUUCUCAUAGCCAUUCGUCUGGCCUCACUCAAUCAGAUUUUAGAUCCAUGGGUUUACCUGCUUCUGAGAGAGAUUCUCUUGAGGAAGUUCUGCCAGGUGGCCAGUGCAGUAUCCAAGUGGUCAUUGGAGGGGCAGAAGGAAACUCAAUGCCCUCUGGAUGGCCUAAAUAAGAACGACAAUAUUCAGAAACAGUGCCUGAACGUGGAGAACAGCAAUUUAAAUGGAGGAAAUGAGGAAGAAUGACUUGAAUAGUUCA